CCUGGCCAAGAUAAAGCAAAGCAGUGCGACACAAACAACAACACAGAGUUAGUUACAUAUGGAAUAAACCAGCGUACAGUCAAUAACACAACAGAAAAGUCUAUAUACAGUGUGUGCAAAUGAGGUAAGAUUAGGGAGGUAAGGCAAUAACGUAUUGGCGAAGUAAUUACAAUUUAGCAAUUAAGCACUGGAGUGAUAGAUGGUGAUGAGGAUGCGCAGGUGUGCGUAACGAUGGUGACAGGUGUGGACCAUAACGAGCAGCCUGGUGACCUAGAGGCCGGAGACGAAGCACACGUGACAGGUAUCAAAUACAUUCCAUUCGCUCCAUUCCAGCAUUUUAUUAUGAGCCGUUCUCCCCUCAGCAGCCUCCACUGAAGUCACGGGCUUCUCAGAGAGAAGCAUGCUACAGAACAUGUCAGGGGGGAGCAGUGGGCAUACCAGGAGGCGAGAGGAGUUUAAGGUUGUGAUAGUAGGUGAUGGUGGAUGUGGGAAAACCUCCCUACUCCAGGUUUGCACUAAAGGAGACUUUCCAGAGAAAUAUGUACCAUCUGUGUUUGAAAAAUGUGUCGCCAACGUGAGAUACAGAGGCGCUGAGUUUCGUCUGAACAUCUACGAUACUGCAGGUCAAGAGGACUAUGACCGAUUACGCCCUCUGUCCUAUCAGAGUGCCAACCUGAUAUUGAUCUGCUAUGAUGUCACUUGCCCCUCAAGUUAUGACAAUUUGCUAAUCAAGCAUAUCUUUCAGUGGUUCCCCGAGGUGCAUCACUUCUGCCGUGGCGUGCCCAUUAUACUGGUAGGAUGCAAAACAGACCUGCGGAAAGACAAGGUCUUGGCAAAUAAACUGUGGUCUUCAGGCGAGAACCCCAUCACAUACAUCCAGGGUGAAGAGACCAAAAGGAAGAUCAACGCUGACCUCUACUUGGAGUGUUCAGCCAAAUACAAGGAGAAUGUGGAGGACAUAUUCAGAGAGGCUAUCAAACGAGCCAUUGCAGCAACAAGGAAGGCAAAAUGGAAAGGAUUCUGUGCCUUUCUGUGACCCAAGAGAUAAUGCGAUCCCCCACCGUGAGCUCCUGAUAGACAGUGCUCUAGACCUAUACUCUCAGGGAAAACACAGAUGACUCCUCCCAACGACAAGUCCUCUUACACUUUUGAUGCUGCGUGUCCACUUCAUUUUACCCUGUGCUAACCCACUUCCUUUGUGUGGUUUUCCUUCCUGCUAACUCUUGACAUAUCUUCUAAAUGUAUUUCUUUCAAAGAAACGGACAAUGCCCUAAAGUUAUAGACCCACAAAUAAGGAAAUUGGGUCUUCAAUUUGAGCAUACAUGAGCAGGACAUGGCAAAUAAUUGAAG